GUCGCGUGUUUGUCGCGUCUUAUGACUCACCGCCGAGUUAAAGCACGAGUCAGCAUCUCCGCAUAAAUAAAGCAAACCGAUUUUCUCGAAUUUUCAAUUUUCUCUCUCGAAACUCUGCAAUUUCCAUCAAAAGCUCACUGAAGUAAAAAUCAACAGACAAAAAAUCUCCGAUCAGAUAAAUGGGAAUUCCAUCAGAAAUGAGGGACUUAUUUGCAAAUCGCAAUAAAUCUUUGAUGAUCGCAUCUCCAAUUGAAGAUGAGAAAAUUCUCCGAUCUAAGCAGUGCACUCAAGAAGGGGUUCGUGCUGGAGCGAAAGCUGCUGCAGUUGCAUGUGUUGCCACCUCUAUACCUACCCUGGUAGCUGUUCGAAAAAUUCCUUGGGCAAAGGCGAAUCUCAACUAUACCGCCCAGGCACUCAUUAUAUCCGCUGCUUCUAUAGCAGCAUACUUCAUCACAGCUGACAAAACCAUAUUGGAGUGUGCUAGGAGAAAUGCACAUUACAAAUCACCUUAAGAAAAUGAAAGUCCUUUUUGAUGCUGUAAUAACUGCUUUUGUGCUCAACUUUACAUGGUGGCUUCUGUUUAUAUUCUUCAAGCUUCUGUAAGUACUGUUUUCUUUCGCUCGAUAUAUAUUCUCGAUUUUGGUGGUUUUUUAUUUUCUUUAGUG